CAGCAACGCUGACAUGGUGAGCGCACCGGUGCGGGAAACACAUCAGCACACCUCUCACUGGUCUGCUUUCGACUUUUAACAACCAAUACUUUAAUCAACAACAUCCUUUUAAGCAGCUAUAGGCAUCAAGUGGCUCAUCAAAAUGGUCUGGAUCCUUCAACACACCUUCUCACUUCUACUAACGGUGCAUGUCAUAUAUUCAACUUUGAUUCCUGUUGGGGCCGAGGAGGAGACCAGAGAAUGCAGAGAACAGGAGUACAAGGACCGGUUUGGAAACUGUAAACCCUGCAAGCAGUGUGAUGCAGGACAGGAGCUAUCAAAGGAAUGUGGCUUUGGUUAUGGAGAGGAUGCCCGGUGCGUGCCCUGCCGGAGCAGUCGUUUCAAGGAGGACCGGAGCCUGCAGAAGUGCAAGCCCUGCCUGGACUGUGGACUCAUCAACCGCUUCCAGAAGGGUAACUGUUCCACCACCAGCAACGCUGUGUGCGGCGACUGUCUGCCGGGAUACUAUAGGAAGACCAAAUUAAGUGGUUUUCAAGACAUGGAGUGUAUACCUUGUGGGGACCCUCCACCUCCGUAUGAGCCGCACUCUGCUGGGACUCUGAUAACAGGCUGCCUUUGUGCUGUGGGGCAGAUGAUGCUCACCUUGGAUGAGUUUAACUUGACCUUGACAAUGAAGAGCGAAUGUAAACACGACUGUGAGAAGUUACAAGGUAAGAGUGAAGGAGAGGAGGGAAUCAAGGAAAUAGAAAGUUCUAGCGCUUCCAUGGCAGAGGAGCAGAGACAGCAGAUAAGCUGGAACAACCGUCCCCGUGUAGAUAUCAAUCAGAUGCAGUGA